AUGCACAUCCUGGUCGUCAACGAUGACGGUCCCCCAAACACCCGCCUCUCACCCUAUAUCCGACCCCUCGUGAACGAGCUCCAAAAAGCAGGCCACCAAGUCUCAGUCGCAAUCCCCGCCGCCUCCCGCUCCUGGAUCGGCAAAGCGCACAUAAUCGAAGCCUCAUUAACAGCGCACUACGUCCUCCCAGACUCCUUCCGCGGAGAUGGAACCUGGGAUGAAAGCUAUGAUGAAAACGAAGAAAAUAGCUCACCCUGGGUCGUAAUCAAAAACGGUACACCGGCCAGUUGUACGCAACUAGGACUCCACAACCUCUUCACAGACAGGCCUCCAAUCGACCUCGUCAUCUCAGGCCCCAAUCAUGGCCGAAACGCCUCUACCAUUUACAAUCUCUCCUCGGGAACUGUGGGCGGGGCUCUGGAAGCGGUUUUCUGCGGUAAGCGCGGCAUUGCGAUUUCCUUCGGAAGUAAGGAUCCACAACCGGACGAUGUCAUUCUUGCUGCGGCGCGGUUAGCUGUGCGUGUUGUACUGCACCUGCAUACUGUGUGGGAUGAGCGCGUGGAACUGUAUAAUAUUAAUGUGCCUAUGCGUCUGGAUGUGGAGUCUAGACCUGUGCUUUAUACACGCACUUUGCCGUAUUAUUGGUCGCGUGGAUGUCUUUAUGCUGAGACUGAGGUGCAAUCUACUCCAAAGUCUAAGUUGACGAAUGGAGUUCCUAAUGGGGUCCCUAACGGGGUCCCUAACGGGGUCCCUAACGGGGUCCCUAAUGGGGUCCCUAAUGGGGUUGAGCAUGAGCAUGAGCAUGCGGAUGAGAAUGGAGUUCUGACGAAUGGCUUAUCGGAACAUUGUAAUGGGGUUAAUGGUCACUCGAAUCCCAAGCAGCGCCAUUUUAAAUGGUCUGCUGAUUUGUCGGAUAUGAAGAAGCGCUUGCAGGAGAGUGAAGAGGGGACGGAUGCUCAUACUGUUCUGAAUGGGUCUACUAGUGUCACUGCCCUACGAGCCAACUUCUGGCAUGUCCCCGAUCUAGAGGGACCUAUCUAUUUGGAUCAAUAA